AUGAAGACCUUCUCUACCGUCACCUCUCUCCUCGCUCUCUUCUCCUCGGCUCUGGCCGCACCCGUUGACAGCGCUGAAGCCGCCGGCACCACCGUCUCUGUCUCAUACGACACUGCCUACGAUGUCUCUGGAGCUUCCUUGACCACCGUCUCCUGCUCGGACGGUGCCAACGGCCUGAUCAAUAAGGGCUACUCCAACUUCGGCUCCCUUCCGGGCUUCCCCAAGAUUGGAGGCGCCCCUACCAUUGCAGGCUGGAACUCUCCCAACUGCGGCAAGUGCUACGCCCUGACGUACAACGGCCAGACAGUCAACAUUCUGGCCAUUGAUUCCGCACCUGGUGGCUUCAACAUCGCUCUGGAGGCCAUGAACACCCUCACCAACAACCAGGCCCAGCAGCUGGGUCGUAUCGAAGCUACCUAUACUGAGGUGGAUGUCAGUCUUUGCGCAUAA